GACCGGCGAUAUCUUUAACGCAUAAAACGCGGACUGGAUUCUUUCUUCUUUUUUUUUUUUGUUCCCCCCCUUCCUCUUUAACACCGAAUAAUGUGAAGCUAAUUUAACAAGCAGCAACAGAACUGCAGUAUUGAUUACCGAGCACUUAUUAACUACACAGGGUCACAUGGAGUCUGGAGUUUAUCCAUGGGACUCGAGGCACAAGGCAGGGGACACCCUGGAUGGAGAAACUCAAACAUUUAUACACUACUAGAGUUGCUAAUCAGCCUACAGAGCAUGUUUUUGGACUGCGGAGGAAACUGAAGUACAUGGAGGAAACCACCUAUGCAGUGGGGAAACAGGUGUGAGGCGUACGUCUUAGCCAUCCCCCAAAAAGGCCAAGAAGAAGGAGUCAGCCAGCUCCAAUGUGUUCACCAUGUUUGAGCAGUCUCAGAUCCAGGAAUUCAAAGAGGCGUUCACCAUUAUGGACCAGAACAGAGACGGAUUCAUUGACAAGAAUGAUCUCAGAGACACUUUCGCCGCUGUAGGUCGUCUGAAUGUAGGGAGUGAUGAGCUUGAAGACAUGCUAAAGGAAGCCCCCGGUCCCAUCAACUUCACAGUGUUCCUCAGCAUGUUUGGCGAGAAGCUCAAAGGUACUGACCCGGAGGAGAACAUUCUGAACGCCUUCAAGAUCUUCGACCCAGAGGGAACUGGUGUACUGAAGGGAGAUGAGAUCAAGUUCUACCUGAUGUCACAAGCAGAUAAAUUUACCGAAACUGAGAUGAAUCAGAUGUUUCAGAUGUUCCCUCUGGACGUUUCUGGAAAUCUCGACUACAAGAAUCUCUGCUAUGUGAUCACACACGGAGAGGAAAAAGAGCAGGAGUGAGGAGACCAGGGACUAAAAUUUGAUUUGCCAUCACAUUCAUCAAUGUCAUUGUCAUUACGCAUUGUCAGUACCUUUCUUCCUGAUUAUGAUCCUUGAGCUUUGAAUACCAGAACAAUGUGUAUGUUGUGUUGUAACUCUGAAGAUGGAUAAAGACUUUUUGGAAUG